UUUAUUUGUUAAUAUCUCUGUUGUAUUGUAGUUUAUGUCAGUAGAAUAAUUAUAAAACAUGUAUAACAGUCAUGAAGGGAAGAUGCUCCUCAGUUCUUCACCUUGAAAACGUAUAUAUGGAUGUGAUUCUGCAUCGUUUUCCUAGAGGGAGCUCUUUUCAGUUCUCAAACUUUCUCUCUCCUCCAAGAUUUGGGGCAAAAAGAGUCUGGAAACAUUUUGCACCCUCUUGCACAGAUGCUUGCAAGGCAUUCAUUCCUUUAGCACACAGACGCACACACACACAUCCGAGCAACACAAACUCAUGCACACUCAUAGAAAGAAUGGUCUCCUUGGCUCCCCAGGUACUUUUUGGCUUGGAGCGAUCUGAUCCAAACACUUGCAGAUGCACAGCACUGACAGUGGACCUCACUUACAAACAGGCAUUCAUUUACACACAAAUACACAAUUAAAUUUGUGAUGUCAGUUUUUAAUUAUAACUAAAAUCUCUAGUUCUUUAUCAUCUCCUGUGUUUUGUCAUUUUAGUCUGUAUGUGUUCUGUAAACCUUUCCACCAAAGGCUGAGGGUUUGAGCGGGCUCAUUACCGAGGGCUCAGGGGGGGAAAGCAUAAGUGAGAGAAGAUUAUGGAGGAGGUCGGCUGUCUGGGAUUUGGUCAGUGUUUGAGGAGGAGGAAUCUAUCAGACAGUGGGCAAACAUCACUGGUAGCUCGUCCCACAUAAACACACACACUUGUGCAAAGACACACAGAAACACACACCCACACAGGUAAGGAGGGUUUCACCGGGAGUUUAGGACAAACCUGCGCCUGUUCGAUACCUGCUCACCAAACAGGACUUCCUCACCACCUGGAGUGAUGGCGUUCCCGUCCUGCCUCAUGUUGAUGCUGCUGUUUGGCUUUGAAUCCUUGGAGGCCACCUUAGUUGACGAAUCAGACUAUGGAGGCGUUCCUCUGUGGAUUAACCGCCUCCUGGGCGAACCGAGUGUGCUGAGUCUGCAGGGGCGGAUGGACCGCGACUGGUUUCGAGCAAGCAACCCACAGGCUUGUCCAGAUCAGUGUGACUGUCCCAUCCAGUGGCCCACAUCUGUGUACUGUGACCACAGAGGUCUCGAGCACGUUCCUGGAAACCUUCCAGAGACCACUCAGUACUUGUUUUUACAAGGUAACAACAUCUCUUCCAUGUCCUCCUCUGACCUGGCCAACACCACUGGUCUGCGCUGGCUCAUCCUGGACAACAACCAGCUGCACAGCGAGGAGCUGGAGAUGACGUUUUUACAGAACCAGACCCAUUUGCACAAUUUCUUUGCCAAUCACAACCACUUGAGCUCAGUUCCCGAUUCUCUACCAGCUGGACUCAAACAGCUGAGACUGGCUCACAACCGCAUCAGCAGCAUCCGCCCAGGAGCUUUCCAGAACCUGAAGAACUUAACGCUGCUGCUGCUGCAGGGGAACAGGCUGCAGAUCAUCGCAGAGGGAGACCUCAAAGGUCUCAUUCGUCUAAACCUGCUAGAUCUGAGUGGAAAUUUGUUCUCUGGUGUCCCUCGCCACUUACCUCCGUCUGUCCAGCAGCUCUACCUGUCAAACAACUCUUUCUUGGAUCUGGCGGAGGACAGCUUUGUGGACUUUGACAACCUUAAGUAUCUCCGUCUCAGUCGCUGUGGCCUGAAAAGCCGUGGUGUUCCCUCGCAGGUCUUUAACUCCUCCAGCCUGGUGGAGCUGGACCUGUCCUACAACAAACUGACCAGCAUCCCCGUCGUCCCCAUCACCCUGCAGUACCUCUACCUGGAGGCUAACCAAAUUCAAGAGUUCAAUCUGACGAGUUUCUGCAGAGAAACGGGACCUCUGUCGUACUCCAGGUUGAAGUUCCUUAGACUGGAUGGGAAUACGCUGACUUACAACCAGCUUCCUCAAGACUGGGUCUACUGCCUGCGGGUGAUUCAGCGCAUUUACAUAUGACUCAGUGUUCCGCUGCAAGUUCAUCUGGUGCUAUAAAGAGGAGCUUUGUUACUCACCUCAGCUUUUCUGAACUACUUAAGAAUAAAAGUGGAAACUACAA